AUGUCGAAGAUUUACCAUGGUGUCGUGAACGCGGCCGACAAAUUUGUUCCUAAUGCAUUGCGGCCCCUGUGGAACCAUGCGGCAGGACCGAAAACUGUUUUCUUCUGGGCACCCGUAUUCAAAUGGGGUUUGGUGGUAGCCGGAUUGAGUGACCUUCGCCGUCCCGCAGAUCAGCUGUCAAUUUCGCAGUCCGCCUCAUUGGCAGCGACCGGAAUAAUUUGGUCGCGGUACUCUUUGGUGAUCAUUCCGAAAAAUUGGGGCCUAUUUUCGGUGAAUGUGUUCGUGGCCGGUACACAAGUACUGCAAUUGUAUCGCGCCUGGGAUUUCUCACGAAAGCAACCAAAAGUUUCCGAAUAG